UAUAAAACUGGAACGGGAACAUUUUAACUUUGUAAACAGAAACCAAUACAAAUUUUAAUUAUCUGGUAAACAUAUUGGAGGCGAAAUAAAAUGGAUAAGUUUUGGCGCCUUUUGCGAACUUACUGCUUGAAUAGUACAAUUGUAGGACUCAAGUACUUCUAUAUCUAUCCGGAUAGAUUAUCGAGAUGCUUCUGGGCAGUGAACAUGAUAUCAGUGUUGGCCAUGUCUUUCUCUAUCACCUACUUUCUGUACAAUCGUUUUGAAGAAAUGCCGACAAGGAUCGCCAUUGAGAAUCAGUUCGAACCAAUAAAAAGUCUUCCCUACCCUGCCAUCACUCUGUGUACCCCAAACCAGAUCACUAAAUCUUCCCUGGAGUACUUCAAGACCACACUUAUUGAGGGUAACAAAACCGGUUUGGAAACAUAUAUACCGCUAGUUUUGGGCUUUUACGAAUAUAUUGAUAUUACGGACCAGACACGUGACAAGUUGAAAAGAUUCCAGGACUUGUUAGAAAAGAAUAGAUACACUGUUCCAGACUUGCUGAGUCGUGUACCCCAAAUGUGUAAUAGGUUUCUGAAACGCUGUUAUUUAGAACGCAAGAUGUACAAUUGCACAGACCUCUUCAAACCGAUUCUAACUGCCCGCGGGUACUGCUGCACCUUUAAUAAUAACUAUAUGUUUAAUCACAGGAUGAAUUCCAGAGACCCAAACUUCGUGAACCGCACAGUGAAAGCUACAGGAUUGACUAAUGCUCUGGUAGUGGUCACUGACUACGAGAUGGAAGACUCUAUCAAUGGCACACUACUAAACGCUGGAGCAGUUCCGGUGAUGUACACAGACUGGACCGAAUUUCCAUCAGACGACGAAUUAACCUAUAUAGAUGGAUACGGCGAGUCAUUCCAUAUCAUCUCAGCUACUUACACGUACUGCUCAGACGAAGUCAAAUCCCUGCCUGUGAGAAGUCGAAAUUGCUAUUUUCAUGACGAGCAUGUUCUAGAUCACUUUACGAGCUACCAUAACUCGGACUGUGACCAUCUGUGCUAUGCAAAUGCGGUGAUAGAGGCUUGCAACUGCACUCCUCCCUAUAUACCGAACACUGGUAGAAGCCACUUCUGCACACUCGUCGAUAUCCCCUGUAUUAUUGAUGUAAAAUGGAAUAUGUCCAAUUGGUUGACAACGGAAAAUUGCAAGUGUCUACGAGAUUGCGAAUCACGGAGAUACCAUGGUGAAAUGAGUUUGGGAAACUUCAACGCUAUUCCUUACACACUUAAAAAUCUGUAUGAUGGCUUGGAUUUAAACAACAGUACCAGUGCAUUUCAUUUCUUCUUCUCCAACCCGACGUAUUUGAAGCAAAAACAAGAAACUGUUAUGUCUAUCAUCAGCCUAGCUUCUAAUCUGGGAGGUGUAUUCGGCUUGUCCAUGGGCUUCAGCUGCAUCAGCUUCUUAGAAAUAUUGUUCUACGUUUACCUCGGACUCAAAAUGUACAUUAGAAAUAAACUUGCUAAGGUAUUCUUGGCAAUUUCAAAUCAUUACAAUUAAAUAAAUUCUAGCUGGAUUUAUGCAGUAGCGUAGUUUGUUAGAUUUUUAAAGUAAGCUUGCACAGGUUACAUGGACUAGAAGAUAAUUUAUUUACUAUUAUAAUACGCCAGACACACAAAUGUCCCUCGACACAUCUUGUCGACUACGCAACGCUGAUUUUCUCUAGGAAUAUUAUGCGAUGCGUAUCAACUUUUUUGUUAAUGGAAUCAUUAAAUGAUUUAUUUGACUCUCGUCCUUGGUGAGGCGAAAAGGUGUGUCAGACUACUCACUAAAGACCACCAUAACUGCAUGGUUUCUGGUUUGUAAUAAUUCACGAAUUGCUGUU